AUGAGCGACGCCCGCGGCGACGGCGGCGGCGGCGGCGCGGCGCCGCCGCCGCCCGCCGAGCCCGGGGGUCGAUGGGCCAGGGGCGCGGCGAUACGCGACGGCGUCGCUCCCCGCGGCUCGGCCGACGUCGCCGACGACGCGAACAACGCCGCGUCCGUCUCCGGCCGCGCGGACGCGGGGUCGAUACACGCGCACGAGGGCGAGACGUUGCGCGAGAAAGCGCUCGCGCAGAGAGCGGCGAGGCAGCGCGCGCUCGUGGAGGAGCGCCUGCGCAAGGGCGGCGUGGAAACGCGCGGCGACGGCGGCGCGGACGGCGACGGCGCGUCGGGCGGCACCGUCGCGGAGGAGGGCGCGCGCGUGGAGAACGAGAUUCACACGCAGAGGGAGUCACGACGGCCGAACCGCAGGGCGGACAACACCGAGCGCGAGAUCUCGGAGAAGCUCGACAAGCGCGUGAACGUCAAGUUCGAAGACGACGACGACGACGACGACGACGGCGGCGGCGGCGGCGAGAAGAAGCCCAGGGGCGCGGGUUGGGGCAAAGCGAAGCGAGCGCUCGAAGCGAGACGCAUGGCGGUGCACCUCUCCAACGUCCACAACGACAACUGGACGGACGCGAACGCGCUUUUCGAGUACUACAACUCCACGUACUUCGAGAGCAAGCUCUCAGAGAACGUCACGUUCGGGUGGAUCUCGCGCGACGAGCACGAGGGGAACGAGUUUCGGUACUGCCUGUGCUCCGCGGUGCCCGGGUGGUGGCACGGCGAACACAAAAAUUUGAUGUGCGGCGUCGCGUGCGACGUCGAACGCCGCCGCGGCGCGGCCGAGCGACGCAGCGUGCACAUACGCAUGCCGGAGGCGAUGCGAAAGUUUAAGCUCACGAACAUGACGAAAGAAGGUUUGUUGCACAGCAUGAUACACGCGUGGCUGUUCGUCACCGCGCAGAUCGCGGACCACGAGCCGUUUUACGAACACGGCGAAAAUUUUCGACGGAAGAUGCACUCCAUCAACAACGACACGCUGACGUUCGACGCGUUUCGCCCCACGGGCGGGUACGACAUCUCGUUCAGCAACGUCGGCGACGUCGAGUUCGGGCACUUGCUCACGCAAGAGAUGAUGGACGCGCUGACUGUGGAGCACUACAAAGUGUUAUACUUGGUGAGCAAAUACUCGCGCUACGCCGAGCGACCGACGGAGAAGGAGCUCUGGGUUCGAUUCCAACCGCUUCUGGUGCUGAUGUACGAGCUCAUCGUCGCGGGCGUCUUCGACUUCGACUACGCUCCCGCGAGCGCGAUGGUCGCGGGAUCGCGCGUGUACUUGAACACGACGCAAGAGGGGCGCGAUAAUCUCGACGAUCUCGUCGAGGCGAAGCUCGUGCGCGCGAUGCGUUCCAUCGCGCACGACAAGCAACCCGUGGUGGCGUACCAAAUCACCGAAGCCGGGAUGGCGUCCCUGCGCGAGUCCCCGCUCACGUCCGCGGAGCGCGACGAGAUCGACGACGUGAUAUACGACCCGACCGGGUCGCUCCUCAUGGUGUCGUGGGAAGACGACGCGUUUAAGCUGAAGUCGGCGCUCGGAUACUGCGUCGACAGCGGAAUCACGGAGACGGAGGACGUGUCGUACGUGUCGUCGCCGUACCUCCCUUACACGCUGCGCGACCUCUCGAAGCCGCUCGCGUCGAACGCGCACCGCGCGGGGGAGGCGGCGCUGGGGGGCAGCAACGUUCUGGACGAGUUGGACGUGCAGGUGACGCUGUCGCGGCUCGUCGUCCUCGUCGGCGAGUGGAUUCCGUUCGGGUGUAACCAGAUCAUGCAGCUGACGCAGAAGCUCGGCGCCGCCGAGCGAAUCAAAGGGGGGUACUUCUCGAGCGUGAUCGACGCGCACAGCACGGAGACGACGCUGGAGGUGCCGGUGGGUCUUACGAAGGUGAACGUGAACAGUUUCGACGCCGCGCAGUGGAUCAACAUCGAGGCGGAGGUGGAGUUCCCCGAGGACGAGGGCAUCGUGCAGGUUGAAAAUUUCGGUAUUCGGUAUCAACGCGACGGCGUGACGUUGUACGGGUUGAAAGUCGAGGCGAUCAUGGACUCGGUGUUGAACGACCUGAGUCUGGAUAACCUCGCGCGCGUGAUGACGGACAUUCACCAGGACAGCAGCAAAGUCACGGAGUCGCUCACGUCGAAGCACCAGCAGAACAUGUUGCGGAUGGUGUUCAACGGGAACCAGGAGAACCGGAACAAAGUCAACGUGUUCAUCGCGGAGAAAAUAACCCCGAAGCUCCGAGCGUUACGAUACCUCGACGGCGACGCCCUCGAAGCGGAGCUGAAGCAAGUCAUAGGGGACACCCAGCACGCGUUCGACAUCACGGAGAACGACGUCGUCAUCUUCGGCGACGCCGGCGUCUUAUUCGCCGGCCCCGAUUGCAUCCGACACGAGACGCUCCUGCUCGCGUACCUGGCGUUGAAGUCGCGAGAGGACUUCGUGAUGAACUUCUUCAACCGACUGUUCAUCAUGGCGGACCAGCUCAAGACGCAGCAGGAGAUGAUCGAUAAGUACCACGAAGACCCGACGCACGUGGCGACGAUUCGAAAUAAUUUAGGCGUCAUCAACGAGGAUUGCAUCAUGCUCGAGGAGGUGAUGCGAUCGCUCGCGAGUUCCGUGGAGAAGGACGCGCUCGCGCCCGAAAACGUCCCGACGACCAAGGCGGGGAAGCGCCUGUACCACAUCAUGCAGAUCCCGCAGAUGGAGCGGAACUUGCGAGGGCGCGUUCAAGACUGCGACAAGCAAGUCGCGGCGAUUCGAAACGAGAUCGGCUUUCUGGAUGGGCAAAUCACGAACGUCGCGCGCGCGUUGCAGCGAAAAGUCAACCUCGACACGAAACAGCUGUACGUCGAGUGCGCGUCGGCGAUCAAAAAGACGAACCCGAUCAGCGCUCGCGACGCGAUGACCGCGCUCGCGUGCGGAUGGCUCGCGUUCAAGAUUCUCGAUCGAACGACCGGGGAGUGGACGGUGAUUUGGCAGAGCUGGCUCAAGUACGACGUGACGUAUCCGCUCAUCCUCCACCCGGACGCGCCGUGGUUUUGGAUCAACAUGACGGCGUUUUUCAUCCUCGCCGUCGCCACGUACGCGUUCGUGUACCUCAAGACCGAGCAAGCGGCGGGCACGGUGCACUUCCACGCGACGUUCGACGCGAAGAUCCGCGUCGCGAAACUGUACGCGUACCUCCGCGAGCGCGGCUUGCAGACGGAGACGAUCACCUCGGAGGCGGACGGCGACGCCGUCAUGACUGAGUUUUCGUACGUCGACGAGAUGGGCGCGAGGCUCUGGGAGCACUACGUCCCGCGGAUCGUGAUGAUGGUGGACGUCAAGAACGGCGUCCUUCGAUGGGCGGACAUCACCAUCGCCAAGCCCGCGAGCACGGCGGCGCGGAUCUUCCCGCGCGAGCUCCGGUCCGUCCUCGCCGCGGAUCUCGACAGAAACGACGUCCUCGUCGACGUCGACGGCGGGAAGCGCAUCCCGCGGCAAACCAACGCGAUCACGCUGCUCGCGCGCGAGGAAGGCCGGGGCCACGACCGAGAGGUAUCGCUGGAGGAGCGAACGGUGUUGCGCCUCCGAGAGCAGCUCGCGCUGAAAUUUUGUUACAAGGUGGAGAACUUGGUUCGCGUGGAGACGAGGCGCGUCGUCGACGGCCGCGACGCGGAGGAGCCCAUCGUGGACGACGCGCAAGUCGUGGCGCUGCGGCAUUACGAGAGGCUCGCGGUGACGUUCCGCGGGAAGCCCGACCCGGGGAUGUCGCUGUACGCCGCGCAGUUGAAGCACGUGCAGAGCGCGCAGGCGUCCGGGCGGAAGGUGCAUCUGCACGAGAUGAAGAGGAAGGGCGACGGCGUCGCGUAUCUCAAGUACGGCGACGACGUCGAGGAGGAGGACCUGCUGUACGACUCGCGGGUGUGAGAAGAAACCGAUAACCGACGCGCGAGGAGCGUUUUUAUUUACUAGAAGAUAGCGUAGUCUAUGAUAUACGCGCGACGUGAUG